AUGGACUGGGGAACUUUCGCCAAGAAGGGAAACGAUAAAACUGUAACGUCACACAGAUACGAGGAAAGGGAAAGAGAGAAACCUUUGAACAAACUUACAAUCGGAAUUGAGAUCCCGAGGGUUGGAUGGGAUCGAAAGUCUGCACUCUCCAUAAAGCCGCCUGAUACAGCUUCACCUUCACUAUCCACGCAGAAAAGUCUCUUUACCAUCUUCACAUUCAAAGAGGAGUCUAUCAAAGCUUUAAGCCUGCAACACAGAAAUCCUCUAUCACCAUCUACAACCAAUUCUACCAAAGAUUCUCAUACUUCUCAAAGGAAAACGAAUAUAUGUGCAGAAGCUACAGACAUAAUUAAGGAGAACAAUGGAGAGGAAGAGAAUCAAGAAGGACGAGAUUUCAGGGAAUAUUUAGAAAAGUGUCGAAAGGCAGAAGAGGCGGAGGAAAGGAAGAGGAAGAAGAUGGCAGAAAAGAGGAAGGAGGUUAAUUUGAGCCCGUGGGCUAGGAGGAUGUAA